AUGACCAGAAGGCAGCAGAAGAAGACAGCGAAGGUGGUUACAGGGGUAAUGGGACUGUGCAUCGUUGCCUACAUCGCAGGACCGUCUCUGUAUUGGCAUCUCAACGAGACCAUUGCAGACUCUCUCCACUCCUCUUGUCCUCCUUGUGUCUGCGACUGUUCUUCUCAACCUCUUCUCUCCAUCCCCGACGGAUUGAGCAAUCAUAGCUUCUUAGAUUGUAUGAGACACGAGGAAGCUGGUGAAGAGAACGAGAGUAGUUUCACGGAAAUGGUGGCUGAAGAGCUGAAGCUAAGAGAAGCACAGGCUCAAGAAGACGAAUGGCGAGCAGACAGGUUAUUGCUAGAUGCUAAGAAAGCGACGUCUCAGUAUCAGAAAGAGGCUGAUAAGUGCAGCAUGGGGAUGGAGACUUGUGAGCUAGCAAGAGAGAAAGCAGAGGCGACUCUAGACGAACAGAGAAGAAUGUCAUACAUGUGGGAGCUUCGAGCUCGGCAAAAAGGAUGGAAAGGCGUAACAAACGUUGUUUCCUCUGAUGUUCUCUAA